CCCGGCGAUGGCGGCGGCCGAGGCGCGGGCGGGCGGCGUGUGCUCCGGGGCCGGCCCGGCGGGCCCUGCCGUGCCCGAGGCGCGGCCGGCGGGCCCUGCCACGGCUGGAGACGGCCCGGCGGGCCCUGCCACGGCCGAGCCGGGGCCUGCGGGCCCAGCCCCGAGGCAGGCCGAGGCGCUGCCGGCGCUGCCGGGGCUGCAGCUGGUGCAGCAGGGCGCCGAGGCGCACGUCUACCGGGGGCUCUUCCUCGGGCGGCCGGCGGUGGCCAAGCUCCGCGUCCCCAAGCUGUACCGCCACCCGGCGCUGGAGGAGCGGCUGAGCCGGCGGCGGACGGCGCAGGAGGCGCGGUCGCUGCUGCGGUGCCGGCGGGCAGGGAUUUCAGCUCCAGUUGUCUACUUUGUGGAUAGUGUCACCAACUGCAUAUAUCUUGAAGAUAUUGUUGGCUCAAUUACUGUCCAAGAUCAUAUUAAUUCUGUACAACAGAGUGGAAAUGACACCAGUAGCCUCCUUCUCCUGGCAGAGAAGAUGGGUGAGCUGUUAGCAAGAAUGCAUGAUGAAGAUCUUAUACAUGGGGAUCUUACAACUUCCAACAUACUUAUGCGACCACCCCUGGAGAAGCUGGACUUGGUACUAAUAGACUUUGGACUCAGUUUUGUUUCAGGUCUUCCAGAGGAUAAAGGAGUUGAUUUGUAUGUUCUGGAAAAAGCUUUCCUUAGUACUCAUCCAGAUACUGAAAUGAUGUUUCAAGCCUUGCUGAAGAGCUAUGCAGCUGCAUCUAAAAAAUCUGGUCCUGUGAUGAAAAGGCUGGAUGAAGUAAGGCUGAGGGGAAGGAAGAGAUCCAUGAUUGGGUAGAAGGGAGUAGCCUUAGGCAUGGAGAAAUAUUACUACAAAUAUUUAUACUUCCAGUUGGUUUUAUUUCACAGAUGGCUAUUUUGAUAACUCUGUCUUUCAAAUAAACUAAUUUGAAUGAG